UACGGCGCAGCCCCACAGCCUGUUCCGUCCGCAUAUCAACAGGGGUAUGACAUGUCACCCAACCAAAAUCAGCAAUAUGGUCAGCCGACGGGAGGCUACCAGCAGAGCGGCUACGAAGGCUAUGAACAAAAUCAAGGAUAUGGUCAGGGGGGAGGCUUUGGCCGAUAUUAAACCCGACCUCCAUGCGUCACACUCUCUCCGAGAAAUGCACUACACGAAGAACGCCCAUUGAGACUAUGCUUAGAUAGGCCGGUAACGUAUGGGCACGACAAUAAUGUGUGCUGACCUAAAAGUUCAUUGUGCCCAACCAUCACGGCCAAAUUUCGCUCGGGAUGCGCAUUUUCGCUCGGGAUGCAUAUUUCUUUCAUCCCAGAUAUAUCAAGACCACCCAUCUCCAUGUUUUCUUUGUUCAAUUACAACACUACAAAGUCUUCUCAUCUUCAUACAUCGCAAACGCUUUGUGCGUUAAAUUGUUGCAUCCACAACAAAGAAUCUCCACGAUGUCAAUGGCGAUGGCGGGUUCAAGUUAUCGUCCGGCUGUUUCCUGCAAGACGCAACAUCCGUACAAAUCACUCGGUGCAAUCAUCUUCACCACUGCUACAAUCACCUCGACGCACUAUUGCAAGUCUACAAUCAUGGACGAUGACCACGAUCUGAGCAUGUAUGAUGAUGGUUGGGAAUCGGCCCCUGAAGCGGCAUCCGAAUAUUCUACGCCGGUAGGAGAAGGGCCACCAGAAGAAUGGCCAGCUCAGAGAGACUCCAUCCCAACCAGUCGGAACGACACCGAAGAGUCCCGGGUUUCGGACUCCUCAUCGGAGACGGAAGAUCCUGCUGCAACGACAGCUGCCGCAGUACCUGUCGUCACCGUUGAUCCCCCUUCACAAUCGCCAACCACAGCAAGUCCAACCCUCACGUGGGAGGACGCACGCAACUUCGGCGCGGGCGCAUUUGACGACGAUGAUGCAGACGCAGCCUUCAACGCAGUCAUACGUCGCCAAACGCUUCCUCCGCAAACCGUGGAGCAGAUCGAAGCGGAGGAGGCGAGGGGUUUCUUCUACAAUCAGCGGCCUCGCUCGCCGGUUUUUGGGUACCCGAAAUCGGACGAGGUAUACAUUCAGAGCAACCGAGUGUAUCAGGGCGAGGAGAUCGGAACAUUUGAGGCCCGAGUAAGCACGAGAUAUCGCAGAGACGAGUCGCGACCCUCCAGUCCGUUGCGAAAGGUAAGCAGCACCGAGGAGUUAUCGCCUGAACAGUCUCCAACUGAAGCUGAAAGGCAAUCCACUCCCGAGGCAACGGAACUUGCACAUGCAUCGACUGAGCACGAGCUCGCCGUCGAGGCUUCAUCAGAUGACGACGAUAAAGAGUUCUUCCAAGAACUGUUCGGAUCUGGCGAAGGCGACCCAGAAUCCUCCCCUGGAAGUCAUCCACAGACUGCAACGGAUGAGGCUCACGCGGUGAAAGGGACGCUUCGAGUCUCAACCGACAUCGACAACACCAGAAAAGCGCCGUCAGAAGUCCCAGGUGACGAUCUCGACAAUACUGAUCCAGAUGAUGACUCGAAAUCUCCCACGAGUGCCGAAGAACUGGAAAUGCUGACCAAGACGUCGAUCAACGACGGCAUCCAGGGGCUCCGGAAUGCAUACCACGCGCUCGCUCAACGCAGUCUUGAUGACCACGCCAAAACGCUGCGGCUCAAACGCCAGAUGCUCGCAUUCUAUACCAAGCACAAGAAGCUCAAUGUGCUGGACGACGAUCUCCUGGAAGAAGCAUGCGAGUUGGGUGCCAAGGCCGCAGCUCACUUGUAUCGUAGCCAGCGAGAUGAGUUUCGAGGGGAGCGCGACGAGGCGAGGGACGAAGUGAUCAGUUUAGUCGACGAACGUGACAAGCUGGUCAAGGAACUUCGGUGGAUGGAAACUCAAGGCGAGGACGCCAAUGAACGCCAACAUCAGCUUGCCAAAGCCGAGAAAGAUCUGAAGCACGAGAAGGAGAAGUCGAUGGCAUGGAAAGCGGCUUACGAGAAGCUGCACCCGUUGGCGAUGGUUGAGAUUCAGCGUAGGGAGAGGAGGGAGGAUUCUUGCAGUGUUGCUACUCAGACAGAGGAGGGACAAGCUGUCUCCAACGUCGCCACUCAAAGAGAGGCAGAAGAAAGGGAUACUUCCACAGCGACUGUACCGGGGAGUGGAGCUUCUCCUAGGCCUGUGGCUCAGGCAAGUCAGGCCAGAGUGGAGGCCCCAUCUGCUCUACCCUCUUGGAAUACCACCGUGGACCUGGUUGGGACGGUUGCGAGCGGACCCGACAUCUCCACCUUUAUUGGCAAGCAUUCGUACGGCGCGCAGACGAACGAGAGGUGGAGGGCCAGAGAAGAGGAGAUCCAGAACACGGCAGGGUGGAAGCGAAACUACGCCGCGAUACUGCAACGGCUACAGGCGGGCGGGAUAGGUAGUGCGUCAGCCAUCGAGGUUAGAUGACAAGGCAAUGCAGAUUCGAUUCUCCAGUAAUCCCACCGCCUAGCGUGAGGUGUGGCAU